AAGGCACUUGUCUGAAACUCCAAAGCGUAAACAUGGUUGAGUGGACAGAGUUCGAGCGCGCCACCAUCCAGGACCUCUUCUCCAAGAUGGACUACGACACUGUGGGUCAACAAUCCCUUGCAAGAUGUCUUAUCGUCUACCCCUGGACCCAGCGGUACUUUGGCAACUUUGGAAACCUGUACAACGCCGCCGCCAUCAUGGGAAACCCGAAGGUUGCUGCUCACGGCAAGGUUGUCAUCCACGGGCUGGACAGAGCUGUGAAGAACAUGGACAACAUCAAAGCUACCUAUGCCGAACUAAGUGUUCUGCACUCCGAGAAACUCCACGUCGAUCCUGAUAACUUCAGGCUUUUGGCUGACUGCAUGACCGUCGUUGUUGCCGCACAACAGGGAGCUGCAUUCACACCUGAUGUCCAGGCAGCUUUACAGAAGUUCCUCGCUGUUGUGGUCUCCUCUCUUGGAAGACAGUACCACUAG